UCAUCAGUUCAAGUUUGUCGCAGGUUCGGGAAUGCCAAAUAUCUUGAAAGUCAAUCCAGGCGAUCACUAUGAGUUCGGAAUCUGGCCAACAAGACGUUGAAUCGAAGCCAAAAUCGGCUCGGAGUACCAGUGCUGGUCACGAAUACGAGGAUGUGCUUCAGAUUAUUGGAUUCGGGCGAGUGCAAUGGAUCGUCCUUUUUGCCGCAGGACUUCUCCUGAUGAUGGUCAUAAACGAGACCAUGGGCAUGUCCUAUAUUACCAUAGUAUCCCAGUGCGAUUUUGAGAUGAACUCAAUGGAUAAGGCGGUCAUGAGUGCUGCCAGUUUUAUCGGCAUAUUCUGUUCAUCAUACUUUUGGGGCUACCUGAGUGACACUAUAGGUCGCAGACCAGUGCUAAUCUAUACGACGAUCGCCGGGAAUUUCUUAUCCUUAUGCUCCACCGUCAUUCCGAACUACUGGCUUUAUGUGUUCAUUCGUUUCGGUGUUGGAUUUUUCAUUGCGGGAGCAUCAUCAACAACCUAUGCGUAUCUUGGGGAAUUCUUCACUCCCCGUCAUCGACCAAUCGCCAUUAAUUACGCCAGUCUCUUCGUGGGUGUGUCCACUGUCUAUGUUCCAGCUACCGCCUGGCUAAUACUUUCGAUGGACUGGAGUGUCAGUAUAACCGAUGGCUUCUCCUUACGUCCUUGGAGACUGCUGACCAUAUGCUACUUGCUGCCUGGUGUCGUGGGCACAUUGAUGUUGUGGUCGCUUCCCGAGAGUCCCAAGAUCCUAAUGUCCUUGCACAAAACUGAAGAGGCUUUUGCGGCAGUCGAUUGGAUUGCAGUGACGAAUUCGGGCAAACACUUACACGAAUUCAAGGUGCAUAAACUAAAAACGGAAGAUAACGCGAAUGGGGAAAAUAUACUGCUCAUAUCCAAGUCAGCGUUUACAACAAUCAAGAAAAUGUGGAAGGAAACUUUGCCGCUGCUAAGAAGACCUCACUUGCUGAACUUCGUCAUCAGCUGUACGAUUAUGUGUGGUCUAUUUUUCAGUUCUUCGGGCAUGGGUCUUUGGUAUCCAGAAAUUCAAAAUCGAUUGGGCUCAAAUGCGGCGGACGAUUCAAUGACUGUUUGCCAAGUUAUUGAUGCGUCAAUAGAUCAAAUGCAAGCGAAUGCAUCCAAUAAAAUUUGCGACGACCACAUAAAUACCAAGAGCUAUAUAGACACCAUUACCUAUGGAUCGGCCCUAAUAGUUGGCUAUAUCUUGAUGGGUCUUGUUAUAAACACGAUUGGUCGCAAGGCCUCGAUUUCAAUUGGAUUAACUCUAGCUGGAGCUUGUGCAAUAGCAUUGAUCUUUAUAAAGGACGAGGUGGCCAUAGUGGUUUGCUUCUGCUUGUAUCUGGUACUACCGGGACUUUGUGUCUCCAUUCUGAGUGGAGCAGUCGUCGAUUUGGUGCCCACCCAUCUGCGCGGAAAAGCGGUGUGCAUUUGCCUGAUGCUGGGACGCACGGGAAGUGUUUUCGGUAGUAAUAUCAUCGGAGUGCUCCUGGAAUCCUAUUGCUCUCUAACUUUCGGGGUAUUCUCUGGAUUUGUGCUGGUAUGUGCAAGUCUGACGUUACUGUUGCCUAUUUAAGAUUGGCCACUAUAGUUUAAGUAGCUAAGUUUAAUUUAAGUUCCAAAAUAAAUUAGAAUGUUUAGG